AUGGACGAAGCUGAUGACAAGGUACAGCUGACGACCUUCAAAGUGGGACUGAGAUCCAAAGAUCUCGUGGCUUCCUUCACAAAGAAUCCUCCAAAGACGAUGGCAGAAAUGCUCCUGAAAGCACAGAAGUACAUGAAUGUUGAAGAUGCUUUAGCAACCAUAAAGGAUGUAGAGAAGCCAGGAGACAAGACAAAGAAGGAAGACGAGAGUAGGGGUCAAAAGAGGGAGCGCCCAAAUCAUCGGAACAAUGACAAGAACAGAAAAAAAGAUGAUAAAGGUCCUCGAACAGUAAGGUUUACUCCUUUGGUUAUGCCCGUUGACAAAAUUUUAACGCAGAUCAAGGACGAGCACUAUCUCAAAUGGCCAAGACCAUUACACUCAUCCCCUAACGUCCGUGAUAAGAACAAGUACUGCCGAUUCCACAAGGAUCACAGCCACAACACAGAAGAUUGUAGGGACCUAAAGGAGCAAAUAGAGGAGUUGAUACGGAAAGGAAAAUUACAGAGAUAUGUAAAGAAGGGGGAAUAUAGUAAGUUCAGAGACAGCAAUAAGAGCCAGCAUGAGUCCUCUUCCAAGAGUGACGAUCGCCCAUCCCAACCUCCACAGGAUGUGAUCGGGGAGAUAAAGACGAUUAUAGGAGGGCCCUUCUCAAGAGGGUCAUUUAAAUCCCUCAAGAAAGCAUACCAGAGGCAGGUGAAUAGCGUCCACAUGAUACCUCCGUUCAAGCAACAACGAACAGACCGGGACAUGUCCUUCAAUGAAAGGGACGCUAGGGGAGUGAAGCAGCCCCACAAUGACCCUUUGGUUAUAAUGCUGAAUAUAGAGGGAUUCAAUACCAAAAGGAUUCUUGUGGACAAUGGUAGCUCCACAGACAUCAUCUACCUCCCUGCCUUCCAAUAG